ACACGCGGCUUCAUACUAUUCGCUCCAUUUUGCCUUCGUUUCUUGGCUAAAUAUAUCAACGCUUUCCGAUUCUUUUAUCCAUCAAAUCUCACCGAUCAAAGUUCUCGGUUCGAAUUCUCUCUAAAGAUGCAGAUCUUUGUCAAAAAUCUUACUGGAAAGACUAUCACCCUUGAGCUGGAAAGCUCCAACACAAUCGAUAAUGUUAAGGCCAAGAUCCAAGACAAGGAAAGGAUCCCACCUGACCAGCAGAGGCUUAUAUUUGCUGGAAAGCAGCUUGAGGAUGGCCAAACUCUUGCUGACUACAACAUACAAAAGCAGUCCACCCUCCACCUUGUCCUUCGUCUCAGGGGUCCGUGUGCUGAUGCAAAUGCUGAAGACCCUGGUACUGGUGCCAAGGAGUAUGUGCACAUUCGAAUUCAGCGAAAUGGUUGGGAACGCCUGACCACUGUCCAGGGGUUGAAGACACAAUUCAGCUAUAACAAAAUUCUCAAGGCCCUCAUGAAGGAGUUCUGUUGCAAUGGCACUGUUGUCCAGGGCCCUGAGUUAGGGCAGGUUAUUCAACUUCAAGGCGAUCAGAGGAAGAAUGUCUCCACUUUUCUUGUUCAGGCUGGCAUUGUGAAGAAGGAUAACAUCAAAAUCUAUGGUUUUAAAGUUGCAUCUGCAAAAAUUUCUGGGGGUCUAGCCUCUCCUAUUCCAAAUUGAAAAUCCUACCUGAUGAACUAUUAGUUAUAUCUGUGCUGUGUUAUAUUAUCUCUAUGUUGGUUUGAUACUGAUAUAUGCGUCCGGUGUUUCUUGUGCUUUCAACUCUUGGCCUAUGCGAUGUUGAAUGACAAUGGAAACUAUUAUUAUUUCUCUUUCUCACAUGGUUGUUACUAUCAUCUGAAUUUAAAACAACUUUGACGGGGUAUUCCCUUUUACAUUUUA